UCAUCUAUAUCUCAGACAAGGCCGGACAGAAAUUGUGUUUUGUUAUGUAGCUUUCGACUGGUGGAGAAACCGUUCACACAUUUUAAACACCGAUUCCCAUCAAAUUUAAAUGUCUUGCCAACAUUUCGUAUUAAAAUAGUAGCACAAAAACUAAGAAGCGGUCGAGGAAUUUGGCGCGACGACCCCAAGUGUAUUGAAACCCCUUCUGAUUUCAACGACCAUCCAGAGUUCUCUAUUUUCUAUGUAAAGCGACUGGCGAAGGAGUCUUUAAAAAAAAAAAGAGAAAAAAAACCAACCAGCAAAGAAACGCAUCGAACGGAGCAACGAAGUCGGACCAGAUGUGCUAGCUAAAGGACGUGGUCCACCGAUUCCCAGACGAGUCCAAAAUAAACGCAUAAGAGAUCCCCGAAAGCAUUGGUAAUUAUCCGGUUUCCAGGACAUGUGGUCCCGCCGAUACGAAAUGAGGCAGCAACUGCCUGUGCCGCUGGUCCACGAGCAGAUUGCGAUGCAGUGCGCCAAGAAUAUUGUGAGGAAGGUCGCCGCCCUGCCGCAACCCCAACCCCGUUGCCCCUCGGGCCACCUGCCCGUGCUCGUCGAGCUGCGCCGCAUGGACGAUCCCACGGUGUACUACUACCAGGUGAAUGUGCCGCCAACCGGCUGGCCUCCGAAGGACGAUUCCCAGGACGAGGAACAGCCCCAGCAGUGGGUGCUCCCCGGAACUCUGGAGUCACUGGGACUGCGUCUUCCGCAACCGGAGAGGCCACCGUGUCCCAUGCACGGACGUCCCAUCCUGGAGGCUUUCCCGGGAAGUUCCCUCGAACCCUGGACACCUGCUCCGCCAUCUCCCUUGAUCAUGACCCAGUGCUCGAUGCACCACAUAUUUGGCCAGAAUCCCCAGCGCCACGGACUGGAUGUGGCCUCCCUCACAGAUCCAGUAAUGACAACUGAACCUCCGGAUGCCGUGAGGGGUCACUUCGUGGCCUCGCUCUACCAGCAGACUGUCAGUCCCCUCAACUACUCGGAUAUUUGGGUGGAGGAAACACCACCAAGGAGCCAGGAGAGCGCUCCUCCACGAGCCCAGCCUUGCCAUACCGAAAGCAAUGAGUUUGCGGCCAAUAAGAAACCACAAGCCGUAAAUGGAGUGAAGGCCUUGCCGAAACCUCCAGCAGAGAAAAAGGGCAGAAAGGCGGAACUUUGCCUGGACAGCAACAAUGAGUACGUUCCCAGGGAGCAGCUGCAUCGUCCCAAAAUCAAUUACCGCUCGAACGGAGUACCAAAUGGGGUGAGGAGGGAGCAGCACUACAGCGUGCAACAUCCAAGCCGAAAACCAGCAAGUCAGCAAUGCCAACAAAGCCAACAAAGCCAGCAAAGCCAGGUUGUGUCCCCGCACAAAGGACUCAACGGCUACAAGGAUCUUCCCGGCUACGGAUACGUCAGCAAGGAGAGCGGAAAGCCCAAGAACGGCUACAAGCCAAGCGACCAGAAGAUGGCCUACUCCGAUCAGGACAAGGUCCGCAGGCAAAUGCAGGGACAGAGAGCGGUUCCAGUUCAGAUCCAAGGACGAGUGGCCAUGAUCGAGCCACGAGUGCGCCAGGAGGCGUCCAUCGAACAGCAGGUGAAAUCGUCCUUGCCGAACUUCACAGAUUUAACGGAAUCCACGGCUGCCUCAUCGCCGAUUCCCAAGGAGCUGCGGGCGCUCUUCCGCGGCAACUACUGCGCAUUGUGCCACACGGUGAUCCGCUCGAAGCAGAGUGCCCUGGACCACUACGCCUCGCGUGCCCACGACCGCAGGAUCAGCUCCUGGCUGAUUCGCCAGUGCCUCAGCGGCAGUUCGGGCACCCAGAAGAGGAAUGGCGACGUGGAGGCGGAGGAGGCACUGCGCUACCUGCGCACCGCCCGUCCGGAGGACUUCUACUGCGAACUGUGUGACCUCAAGUUGACCUCGCUGAUGCACGCCCGGCAGCACUUCUUCGGGCGGAGGCACCGCCAGGUGGCCAGCCAGGCGGCGCGUCCGAACGGCGAGGGCUACUUCGAUGCGGAGGGCAAGUGGGUGCGCACCAAUGCCAAGCUGCUCAUGUGCGAGCUGUGCGACGUGAGCAUCACCUCCGAGUCCCAGAUGGCCAUGCACAUGGCCGGGGCACUCCACCGCCGGCGGGUGCACUCCGUCCAUGCCACCAGAUCCGCUGGCGCCUCCAGCGUGGCCAUGGGCCUGGCCAGCUUCGAUGGCUCGUUGGCCCCACUGCGUCCGCUGGCCCUUCAGAUCCUGCAGGCACGCCAGGAGGCACGGGCCGUGAACGAUCCGAGUGCCGCCUUCUUCUGCGAGACGUGCAACAUCACCAUGAACCACCACAAGUCGGUGAAGCAGCACGAGCAGGGCAAGAUGCACCGCCGCAAGAUGCACAGGCUGCCCGGCCAGCAGUUCCACCACCAGUGACCUUGACCUUGGGGGACAACGCGGUGCGUGGUGGUGCACCCCAGUGCAAUGGAUGCCGAAAGAUGGAACCCGAAGUCCGCACCCCACCGGCGGAACACGUUGCUGCAAUUUGCAAUUUAUUUUUGAAAUAUCCUACCUUUUUUUUGUAUUUUUUUUAUAAGUGUAAUAAAUAU